ACCAUGAAACCACCAACAGUGUUACAGAUUUUAGCUGCAUUUUUUGCCAUUUUGGCUAGCUGCUUAGCCGCUGUAGCACCACCCGAAUUCGUCCCGGGAACAUUACGGGAAACUUCCCGCCAAACAGCCGCAAGAUAUACGAUAAAAGACUGUGACGCAACGCGCUCGUCGACCUGCACCGACUGUGGGAAGAUCAAACUCUGUCUCUCAACGGAUGACACCAAAAAUCCCAUCCAGGACUGUCCGGCCAACAUUCCGUACUGCAGCAUGUCGGCGACCGUCACCGGAGGCGUUUGCCAGAAAAUUCCGGACCCAACCGUGGCGGAAUGCGCCCCAGCCAAGUCGACCUUUACGUGCACCGGAGUCGGCUUCUAUCCGGAUCUGAAGUCCUGCCAGCUGUACCACUACUGCUCGGCGCUGGGUGCCGUGGCAGAUGACUACGAGUGUCCCGGCGGGUACCGGUUCAGCAGCAAGGCCAACGGUUGUGCGCUGUCUUCGGUAGCAUGUCCGACGUUCACCUGCAAGCCGGACAAUCCGGAUGCGGUCUACCAGACGUACCCGGCGGACACUCAGUACUACGUGUACUGUUCGUACGACAGAACCAAGUCUCCGCCCAGUUUCUUGGGAGCUUAUGUUUUAUCGUGCGGACAGGGAGCCGCGUACAAUCCAGCAACGGACCGUUGUGUGUUCACGUGCCCCAAGGAAGGAUUGUUCGUUGACAGUGCCAAUCCGCGGCAGUACUAUCAGUGUUACUACCUGAACGGUGUUCUUGUUCCGCGAGACAUGGUUUGUGCUGCGACGCAAAAGUUUAGUCCGGCCGACAACAGGUGUGUUUAAGGGUGAAUAUAUCAUUGAAUAAAUGUGAAAAAUAUA